AUGGAGGCCCUUCCAGCGGCAGCAGGGACGAUGCUGCCCGGAGGGAAUGGCGAGGCGGAAGCGCCACUUGACAAGAAUCCGGGACUCAGGCACUAUGAUCCGCACAGAGACGUCAUCCUGCGCGUGGAAUGGAUCACAGAUAAGGCCAUGCAGAACCUGACGGUCACUGUGCAGAUCCUCGUCUUCACGGGCGCUGUCCUGCUGGCUGCAGUCGUUGCCCUCAAAGAAGUCAAGGGGAAUGACUUGGUCUUCAUGCCCACCAUCCCUACCAUGAACCUGGUGUUUGGGACUGGGUGCAUGCUGGAGCUGCUGUUCACUUGCGCGAUAUUCUACGCGCGAGUGGUGAUCGCCAAUCGCUCCGGGAAGCGCUGGGACCCCAAACGGCGGCGAGCGGUGGUCCUCACUGAGAUUGAGCUGGGGACGCAGACCCUCAACAUGGCCGCCUUCCUGACGACAAAUGCGAUCCAGCUGGCAGACAGGUGGCUGUGCUGGAACACCCUGUGUCUCAUCUCCUGGGUCCACGCCGACCGGUUCAGACCGGUCCCGAACGAGAAAGAUUCGACCCUGGCACGGCCCGGCGCGAACGAGGUGCCCCUUGCGACAGAUCUGCCCCUCACCUCCCACUGGCGCAAGCUGGCCCUGUGGCUGGCUUUCCUGGGGACCACCGUGGCAACCAACGUGAAGCUGGCCGACGGACCCGCCGACCGGGCGUCGGGGCUCUCCCAGUGUGACGCCAGCUUGCUGGACUGCCAUCAGACAGCCGGCCUGCUCGUCGGCCAGGCCAUCAGCAUCGUCCUCAUCAUCCUCUACCUGCUGCUCUACCUGUAUGCCACCCGCCGCAGCCUCCAGCAGCUCUCCCGCUUCUCCUACAACCGCUUCCGCGUCGGCAACCGCCUGAUCAGGAUCCAGGUCAUCACCACAGCGAUCGUCGCAGGGCAGUGCUUCCUGGACUCGCCCAAGCAGCCAUCCGACAAGGAGACCCUGCUGGCCUUCCUGCAAGAAUUUGCCUGGACCGAGGCCAGCCAGCCGGCAAAGAGGUCCGCACGAUCUGCAUCCCUCAAGAGAACCACAGGCCAGGCAGAGGGAAUCGACAAGGAGCCGAUGUGGUGCUUCGAGACUGCUGUGAAGCUCAUGCACUGGUGUUCGCUGUGUUAUGCCUUUGACAAGGCCGACACGUCGGUUGCCUUGAAAACCGCCAUGGAGCUGUACCACUUGGAGGAGUACGAAAUGAUAUGGGAAGAGAGAGUGGACACCUUGUGCCUGCUGGCGGCGGGCCCGGGCACCGUGGUGAUCGCCUUCCGCGGCACCGCCAGCAUGGCUGGCCUCCUCGCCGACAUGAAGGUAGCCGGCACCUGGCGCUCCCGGCCCAAGGUGCACACCGGCUUCCUGCACUGCUACAGGUCUGGCGAGCUGGACGUGCGGCUGGCGCGCGGGGUGCGCCGAGCAGUGCAGCGCGCCGCCCGCGCCGGCGCGGGCCCCGUGCGCGUGCUGGUCACGGGGCACUCGCUGGGGGGCGCGCUGGGCAUGCUGUGCGCGUACGACGUGGCGCGCGCGCACCCUGGCCUGGACGUCAGCUGCUACACCUUUGGCACGCCGCGCGUCGGCAACCGCGCCUUUGCCGACCUGUACGGCGGGCUGGUGCCUGACACCUGGCAUGUCGUCAACGGCGAUGACACCAUCACGCGCUCCGGCAAGUUCUUCUUCCUUUACAAGCGCGUGGGCCACCGCGUGCUCAUCAACGGCAGCGGGGACCUCAUCGUGCGCCCUGACUACAUCGAGAAGUAUGUGCACCGCAUGCCGGGAGGCGGCAGUCUGUAUGACCACUACCUGUCUUCCUACCGGACCAGCUUCGCGGCUGUCCUGCUGGCGCAAUUUGGGGCAAAAGCCAUUUCCGGAGGAAAGUCGGCAGCCACGGUCCUGGCCCAUGCGCCAGGCACUCAAGAUAUGCUGAGGGAGGUGGGGCUGACGAUCGAUGACCUCAAAACCAUGGAGCGGCAUGAUGCCACUUUUGCAGGCUGCUAUGAUGCUUCGGUAUGA